AUGACCACGACACCACCCCUCGCGACGGGUGCCAACCCUCCGAUUCCCGCCGAACAGCUCGCCGCACUUACAUCGCUGCUGUCGGGUCUCACCGCUGCCGCUUCCGGCACUGCCACACCCGCCACGACGUCCGGCACCACUCGCACUGCCUUUCCAAAGCACGCACGCUUGGAUGGUGCGAAGACCUUCGCGAACUGGACACGCCAACUUCGCCUGUGCCUAGCGGACGACAUCCGCUCGUACGUCCUCGACGGUAUCGCACCCGACGACUGGACACCUUCGCAACGCUCCGCUCGCGACGCCGUCGCUCGUGAGGUCCUUGCGAAUUCGAUUGACUCGGCCGAAGUCUCGGCAGUCCUCGACAAAAUCCCUACCGCCGACCUGACAGCGCCGACAAUCUACUCGACGCUGAAAUCGCGGUACGCCCCUGACGACGCCACCCGCACGCUCGAGCUCUUCUCACGACUCUGGGGUUUCCGUCCCAUGCCCGGCACGGUUGCCGAAUUCGACGGGUGGAUCAUGGACUUCAAAGCCGUUGCGCAAGAGAUCAUCGACACAAAGACAACUAUCAAUGAUGUUCUCGCCACACUCCUCCUUGCAAUCGCCCACCCGUCCCUCGAGAGCUUCAAGGCGUCGUUCACCGAUGAACAGCGCACGCAACGAACUCUCCCCGACAUUGAUUCGCUUGCCGACCGUAUGCGAGUCCAACUUCGGUCAACGAACAUCCCCAGCACUCAAUCGGCCCUUCUUGCCUCGUCGUCGUCACGUUCUACUCGUCUCAAGUGUCUCGCCUGUCGCAGCCCUUCGCACCGAGUCGCGGAGUGCCCUACGAGGGCGCAACACCCGCCGCCAGGACCCUGUCGCUCCUGCAAGAAGAGGAUCACUGGUCUCUCGACUGCAAGAAGGCGCUCGAGGACGCAAAAAGCCCGACACCGCUGACUCGACCGUCGACUCGCAACACCAUGUCGGAUGUCUCGCCACCGGUCUUCUCGCUCGUCGUCGCCAGCUUCGCAACCACUCUUUUGUCGUCGACUCGGGCGCCACUUCGCACAUGGUCUCGGACAAGUCGCUGUUCACGACCUAUCGCCAUAUCGCUCCUACGAAGAUUGGUGGUAUUGGCAGUGUGAAGAGUCCACUCUCAGCUCGACAGGGGCGCCUCGGUCGUUGCGCGCACUUGCUAGCCCGCCCCCGGCGGUGGGGACUUAGACGCGCGCGACUGCCUCAGCGCGCCAGCGCCGGCGGAUUCAUGCGCGGCGCCCGCUAGCCCGCCCCCUUGCCGGUGGGGACUUAGGCGCGCCGGCGAUUUCACCCGCGGCUGACUUAGGGAUGUACAUUGUCACGCGCCUGGGACUAUCCCAGCGUGGCCCCCCCUUUCUGUUUCUUAGCUUCCUUCUCAUCACUUCUGUUCGACUCUCAACCUCUCCUGACAGUAGUGGUGAACGUCUCAUAGGUACGCUGAAAUAGAUCACUUCUGUUCGACUCUCAACCUCUCCUGACAGUAGUGGUGAACGUCUCAUAGGUUAUAACCCACGAGCCACCAGCUGGCAUGACCACGACACCACCCCUCGCGACGGGUGCCAACCCUCCCGAUUCCCGCCGAACAGCUCGCCGCACUUACAUCGCUGCUGUCGGGUCUCACCGCUGCCGCUUCCGGCACUGCCACAACCCGCCACGACGUCGGCACCACUCGCACUGCCUUUCCAAAGCACGCACGCUUGGAUGGUGCGAAGACCUUCGCGAACUGGACACGCCAACUUCGCCUGUGCCUAGCGGACGACAUCCGCUCGUACGUCCUCGACGGUAUCGCACCCGACGACUGGACACCUUCGCAACGCUCCGCUCGCGACGCCGUCGCUCGUGAGGUCCUUGCGAAUUCGAUUGACUCGGCCGAAGUCUCGGCAGUCCUCGACAAAAUCCCUACCGCCGACCUGACAGCGCCGACAAUCUACUCGACGCUGAAAAUCGCGGUACGCCCCUGACGACGCCACCCGCACGCUCGAGCUCUUCUCACGACUCUGGGGUUUCCGUCCCAUGCCGGCACGGUUGCCGAAUUCGACGGGUGGAUCAUGGACUUCAAAGCCGUUGCGCAAGAGAUCAUCGACACAAAGACAACUAUCAAUGAUGUUCUCCGCCACACUCCUCCUUGCAAUCGCCCACCCGUCCCUCGAGAGCUUCAAGGCGUCGUUCACCGAUGA